CCGCCGUGGACCAUCAUCACCCACGGGAAACAGGCGCCGUGUUAAUGGCCGCCACAACGGUAAACGUUACCCUUGCCGAAGAGAAGGGAAAAUAGCAGUAGCGCCCGGAUCCCCUCUCCUUCCCUCCAGAUCACACCACUGCCGCCUCCGCCUGCAAAUCCAUUUCUAGACUCAAGCUGUUGCUGCGAGCGAGCUAGGGUUGGUGCUCAGGUCUCCAGGGUUUCGCCUCCCCGCUCCCGGUGCCCAUCGCCUUGGACCUUGGCCUGCCGGGUUAGGGUUGGGUCGCAGCUGCGGGGGCCGUGGGGCGGGGAUGCGGCCGAUGCGGCGAUCGCGGGCGAUCGGGAGGCUGUAGCGGCGGCGGGGCAGGGUAUCUCUUGGGUGGAUUCUCCGGCGAUGGCCGCAGACGCACUAUCCAUCAUCCCGGGCGCCGUGCUUCGCAACCUCUCUGACAAGCUCUACGAGAAGCGGAAGAACGCCGCGCUUGAGAUUGAGGGAAUUGUGAAGCAGCUUGCAACGUUUGGGGAGCAUGAGAAGAUAUCAGCGGUUAUCUCGCUGCUCACCAACGAUUUCACAUAUUCGCCACAGGCGAACCAUCGAAAGGGUGGGUUGAUUGGCCUUGCAGCAGUUACUGUUGGACUCACCAGUGAGGCAGCUCAGCAUCUCGAGGAUUUUAUGGAGUUGUAUUGUUGCAUCAGUUGAAAUGGAUAUUGGGGAUCUGGAAGAAAGAUCAAUGAGGGAGAUUGCAAAUAUUUUUCAUUGAUAUGCAAAUUGUACCUCCUGUGCUUACUUCUUUCCUGGACCAAGAUAGUAGAGUGCGUUACUAUGCUUGUGAAGCGCUAUACAACAUAGCAAAAGUGGUAAGAGGGGAUUUCAUCAUCUACUUCAACAAAAUUUUUGAUGCUUUAUGCAAGCUUUCUGCAGAUUCCGAUGCUAAUGUUCAAAGUGCCGCUCACCUUCUUGAUAAGCUUGUCAAGGAUAUCGUAACUGAGAGUGAUCAGUUCAGCAUAGAAGAAUUCAUACCGCUCUUGAGAGAGCGCAUGAAUGUGUUGAACCCUUAUGUAAGACAAUUUUUGGUUGGGUGGAUAACAGUGUUAGAUAGUGUUCCUGAUAUUGACAUGCUUGGUUUUCUUCCUGAUUUUCUUGACGGUUUGUUCAAUAUGCUGAGUGAUUCCAGUCAUGAGAUAAGGCAGCAAGCUGAUGCAGCACUUUCUGAGUUUCUUCAGGAGAUAAAGAACUCACCAAAUGUAGAUUAUGGUCGUAUGGCUGAAAUACUCGUUCGGAGGGCAGGCUCUACUGAUGAAUUCACUCGGUUGACAUCUAUCACAUGGAUCAACGAGUUUGUGAAGCUUGGUGGGGAACAACUUGUUCCCUACUAUGCAGAUAUAUUGGGCGCUGUCUUACCAUGCAUAUCUGACGAGGAGGAGAAAAUCCGAGUGGUUGCACGCGAAACAAAUGAGGAACUCCGUGCUAUAAAAGCUGAUCCAGCUGAGGGAUUUGAUAUCGGAGCAAUUCUUUCAAUCGCAAAAAGAGAAUUGAACAGUGAACAUGAGGCCACUCGAAUCGAAGCAUUGCAUUGGUUCUUCACUUUGCUGGAUCGAUAUUGUGCUGAGUUCUUGGCUUACCUGAACGAUAUUUUUGAUCCACUCCUAAAUGCACUUUCUGAUCCUUCGGACGCGGUUGUCCUAUUAGUAUUGGAGGUUCAUGCACGCAUAGCUGAAGAAUCUCACCACUUCCAUCAUCUUGUAUCCUACCUGAUCCGCACCUUCCACAACAACCAUUUUGUACUGGAGAAACGUGGUGCUUUGAUAGUCCGUCGGCUCUGUGUUCUUCUAGGUGCUGAAAAAGUAUAUCGAGAGUUCUCCACUAUUCUUGAGAGUGAAGUUGAUCUUGAUUUCGCAUCCGUCAUGGUUCAGGUUUUGAAUUUGAUUUUGCUCACAUCAACUGAACUUGGUGAGCUCCGCUCUCCUCUUAAGAAGUCGUUAGUGGAUUCUUGUGGCAAGGACUUGUUUCAGUCUUUAUAUGCUUCAUGGCGCCACUCUCCGAUGGCUACGAUAAGUUUAUGUUUACUUGCUCAGGCAUACAAUCACGCAAGCUGUGUUAUUCAGUCACUGGGAGAAGAAGACAUAAAUGUGAAUUUUUUGGUUCAAUUAGAUAAAUUGAUCCGUCUCUUAGAGACUCCAGUAUUUGCUUACUUGCGUUUACAGCUUCUCGAGCCUGGAAAACACACUUGGCUUCUGAAAACUCUUUACGGUCUCCUGAUGCUUUUGCCUCAGACUCUGUUGGGAGAGAUUAUACAUCGUGGGGUUUAUAUGUUUACACAGCAAAGUGCGGCCUUCAAGAUCUUGAGGACUCGACUGAAGACUGUGCCAUUCAGUGAAAAUCUUAAGCGCACAUCUUCAGCGAAUCCAUACUCUCAGAUUCUGCAAGUGACGGAAGAUGGCAAUAGAAACCAAGAUAUGCAGAACUACAGUGCAAUCAAUUUCCCAUUCCUUCUCCAGCAAUUUGAGAACAUGCAGCUGCAGCAUCGUAACCAUUUGAAGGAUCAACUGCAAUCCCGUAAAUCUGCUUCGACUUUAACAUUAUCUCAGGAGAUACAAAGAUACGAAGAAGCGCAUUCCUCAUCGCUGUCAGAGAUUAACAGGCCCCCUUCAAGAACAUCCAAAGGCAUUUUAUGAUGCAUUUGUUCUUGCGAUGUAUGAUAUAUUUGCCGGAAGCAUCACCACAUAUAUGUUGGGGCUUUGGUUAGUCUCCUCGUUUUUUUUCAAAGGAGGUUGCAUAGGGUACAUAGUGUAAUCUUUUCUAUUUCGUUCCUAGAUUUUGUCAAGAGAUGGCAAUUAUUUGUUGGAGAAAGCUCGUUGCCACAUUCUAGUCAUUCUUUUCUUAGUGGUUUCACUGCUCAUCUGGUUUCUGUAAUUUUUCAAUUGAAGGCCAAAUGAGCAAAGUAGUAAUUGGAGAUAGAAAUAUGUUACUACUGUCCUAUCUAUCGAUCUCCAAUAAAUUAGCGUUGCAAUGUAAAUUCCUGUUGGCUCGUAUGAUAUAUUUAUUAUAUUAUUUAUAUGCCUUAUCUUUA